AUGACAUCUUUAGGAAUUAUGACACUGAGCCGUGGACCAUACAGCGAGCUCGAUAAAAUGAGCCUUUUUCAAGAUUUGAAAUUAAAGCGAAGAAAAGUCGACUCACGAUGUAGCAGCGACGGUGAAUCGAUAGCCGACACGAGCACAUCUUCGCCAGAUCUUCUGCAGCCUCUGUCACCCAAGAUGUGUGAUCAGCAGCCGCAGCAGCAACAGCAACAGCAACAGCAACAGCAACAGCAACAGCAACAGCAACAGCCACCAUCCACGACUGAGGAGCCUCACGAUACCACGUCGAUUGCCGAAGUUGGCAGUAACGGCAGGAUCCGAACAGGCCAUCAUCAAAGCCGAUUGGACAAUGGAAACGGACCGGAGGACGGCGACGAGCGUCGCAGCGUUUGUUGCGUCAAUAAUGCAGCGUCCUCGUUACCACCAACAAAGCCACCGAUGUACGAUAACGGGACUGCAACAAACGCGGCUGCUGCCGGCUGCUCUGGCGAUGGCGACGCCGCUCUGAAGGACGACGUGUACAACAGCAACCGAACGUCGCCCGAUUCAUCGCCCGCAGUGUCCGUAGAAGGGCGACCGUCCAGGAAUACCGGUGCUACGAGCCUCGGGAGCAGUAGCGGAGCAAGUGUGAUACGUUCGGUGGCCGAUGAACGGCAAUGCCGUUCGGUGAGUCCACCGACUACUACUACUGCGGGCCUCACGAGCACCAACAUUAGUGAUAGUGCAGCUGGCAACGGCAAUAGUAGUAGCACCGCGAGUACUACUAAUGACAACGGAACCAACAACACUGCUGCACGGCUCGCUGGCGGCAAGCUCUACACCGGCCAUAGUACCAGUAGUAGUGGCAGUAGUAGAAGUAGUAGCAGUAACAAUAGUAAUAACAACAAUAACGUAACUAUUAAAAACUCGCAUCAGUUGCUGCAUCAACAGCAGUCACAGCAGAGAAGCUGCGAAGCAGACGACGAUCGUAAGGAUGAUGGGCACGUUACGAAUGCUCACACUGUUGGACCCGGUGAAAGGCCACAUGUGACGGUCCUUGUUACCCCACCGUCGUCACGUAUCAAAGGUGCGCCGUCAAGUGGCGGCGGUGGCACGGAAGGCGGAGGUGUGACGAAUGCAGCUGCGGCCGCUGCAGCCGUGGCGGCUGCGGCAACGACACUAGUGACGCUGGGAAUGCGGAAGCAGCAGUCGCUGCCUCUUCCGCCACCUCCACCGCCUCCUCCCACUUCCUCCUCCUCCACUGCAACAGCUUCUUUGACAUCAUCAUCAUGCUCGUCAGUGUCGGUCCUCCCAUCCACCGCUCGGUCUCCCUCAUCCGACCUGACCGGUGCGGCACCACCAGUCUUACCGGCCUCGGGUGAUGCCGAGGCGACAGUCGAUCGUAAUGCCGGCAGCGACACUGCACCAAACGGUGUAUCCAAUCGCGAAGGCCUCAAUGCGCACGGGAGUGAUAGCGAGCCUAGCAGGCACCGCAGCAACAACUCCUCCGCAGCAUUAGUUGCAUGUUCCUUGUCCACGUCCUCGACAACGACCUCGACAACGUCAUCCUCCCAGUCUGCAAUCUUCACUCAUCAGUCGAUGGCGGGGGGUGUUCCGAUGUCUCCAAAGAUUGCAUCUAGUCAGAUUGUUGAAUCAACGAUGCCUGCUGUUGGUGGUGGCGGCUCUAGCCAGCAACAGCAUGUCUUGAUAACGCAACAACAGAUGCUACAGGCGAUGCAGCAGCAGAUAAGAAUAAAGAAAGAGCGCCAGCAUCAGUCUCAACAACAGCAACACAAACAACAGCAGCAGCUAGACCAGGAGCACCAGGAGCAACAGCUGCAUCAACUGCAUCAGCAACAACACGCGCAACAUCAACACCAGCAUCAGCAUCAAAUGGUAAUUGCUAGUUCAACAAUGCUCAAUAACAAUCGGCAGAUGAACAGCCACAACUUUGCUGCCCAGCAUGCACAACAGCAGUUGUUCAUCAAGCGUGAGCGUAUGCCGCACCCUCCGGGAACACCUGUAUCUUCACAUGCGACCGUGGUGCGGCAAUCUGCUAGUCCAGUGUCGAUGAUUAAUAGUAGCACCUCACAUAUGCAGCCCCCAAUGUCUCCGCAACAGCAGCAGCCACAUCGGCCACCUAGCAGCCCGCUACAGGUCGCAUCAUCCAGUGCCGGUUCGCAGCAACACCAUCAACAACAUGCACCUCAAACGCAUGUGAUCAUAAAGCGUGAGCGCGGUUUGGCCAUCCAUCAGCAGCAGCUUCAGCAGCAUCAGUCCGCAUCUAUGGGGACAACCGGCUCCUCCAGCGGGGGGAAUGGCACAGGAUCGGGUCCGAUUGGCAGUCCCACGGCAAGCAGUACGACUGCUGUAACACCCUCGUCCACGGCUGCAGCGGCUGCGGCAGCGGCGGCCGCUGCCGCUCUGCAACUCCGGCAUCCUAUUCGUGAUGCCGCGAUACUGUUUCGUGUUAAAAAUGAAGCCAGUUCCUUGCCGGCUGCGACGACUGCUGCUAACUUGCUUGCUGCCCAGCAACAGCAUCAGCAGCAACACCAUCGAAUGGUUUGGCCGGGCUCCGCCGCUGUCCAAGCUGUAACACAAGGAGCUACAGCGCACCGUAUAAACGGGGUUAAGCCAGAAGUGAUCGGUGGACCGCUACCACCUAUAAGAAGCCAAAUAUCAUCUCCACACCAUCAGCAGCAGCAGCAACAUUCACCACAUCAUCCGCAUCAAUCGCAGCAGUCGCCGCAACACCAUACCAGCCCGGGCCCGAAUGCGUCACAGACACCGCCACGUGUCACACCGACGGUCAUUAUGGGCGAAUCUUGUGGGGUUCGUACGAUGGUGUGGAGUUACGAUGCUCCCGUACACGUGCAUAACCCUUCGUUAUCCAAUAAUGGGAGUUCCACUGGUAACGGGUCAGCAGGAUCGUCCCAAGGAUCCUCAACCGUUGGAAGUAAUAGUGGGAGUACCCAGCAACAUCAAACGAACCACCACCAUCAGCUCUUGCAACAUCAACAGCAACAUCAUCAUCAGCAACAGCAGCAGCAUCAUCAUCAUCAUCAGCAGCAACAGCAGCAGCACCAGCAGCAACAACAACAACUUCAACAACAACAGCAACAACAUCAUCAACAACAACAACAACAACAACAACAACAACAACAACAACAACAACAACAACAACAACCGCAACAACCGCAACAACAACAUCAACAUCAACAUCAACAACAGCAGCAUACAGUAACGACGGCUGGACACCAUCUUGGAGCACAGCAACAACACAAUCAAAGCAAUGGUGGAGCGGGAAACAAUGGUAUCGGUAGUAUCAGUACCAGUAGUAACAAUAGCAACAGCAGCAAUGGCAGCAAUUCCCAAAGCAACGUGUCCCCCAGCAGUAACAACGAAGAAGCGGCCCAUCUGCUGUUGAGCUUAGGGCAAUCCGUGGUGCCUACAACGUCAGCGGCAGCAGCAGCAGCUGUUGCAGCCGCGGCGGCGGCCGUUGUGGUUGGGCACACGCAGUGGCAAAACACCAAUCACCACCGUACUGGGUUACCCCUCAAUAUGGAGCGUCUUUGGGCCGGUGACUAUGGCCAAUUCCCGACCGGACCGCAUCAGACACAGCAGCAGCAGCAGGCCCUCAAUCUCACAGCUCAACAGCAGCAAAGUUUAGGCUGGAACCUCGGUGGAGCUCCCGGGGGGCCCAAGAAGGAGCUUCUGGACGACAUGCCUCCAGACGAGGACGACCAACCGCUGGUGUGCAUGAUCUGUGAGGAUAAGGCGACGGGACUACAUUACGGUAUUAUAACGUGUGAAGGAUGCAAGGGCUUUUUCAAACGGACCGUGCAGAACCGCAGAGUGUACACGUGUGUGGCCGAUGGAACUUGCGAGAUCACUAAAGCCCAGAGGAACCGCUGCCAGUAUUGUAGGUUUAAAAAGUGCAUCGAGCAAGGAAUGGUGCUGCAAGCGGUACGAGAGGAUCGGAUGCCCGGUGGACGUAACAGUGGUGCGGUUUAUAAUCUGUACAAAGUUAAAUAUAAGAAACAUAAGAAAAAUAACCAGAAGGCAACCAACGCAAAACUGAUGCAAGGUGCCGGCGGGCUGGGAAGUACUGUUACAGGCUUUGGUGGUGGUGCCGGCGGUCUAGGUAUCGGUGUAGGUGCUGGUGGCGGCCCCCAUGACAGUGGCGGUGGGGUAGGCUCCGAUGGAGACAGCACGAAGUCGACGGGCCUUUAUCAACAGCAGAACCAACAGCAUCCUUCCCACCCGCAGCAGCAUCUGCCCUCGACGACGUCGCCAGCGAUGGUAAAGUCGGAAGGAUUGAAUCACUUGUCGUCGCAUCUGGUGAAUGGCACCAUCCUGAAAACGGCCCUUACCAAUCCAAGCGAGAUAGUGCAUUUACGCCAUCGGCUAGAUAAUGCCGUCAGCUCGUCCAAGGAUCGGUCGAUCUCAUACGAGCAAGCCUUGAACAUGAUACAUACCCUUAUAGACUGUGAUGCUAUGGAAGACAUAGCUACCCUACCGCAUUUUAGUGAAUUCCUCGCUGACAAGUCGGAGAUUGGCGACAAGCUAUGCAACAUUGGUGACUCGAUCGUGCAUAAGCUGGUGUCGUGGACGCGCAAACUACCAUUCUACACCGAUAUACCGGUAGAGAUUCACACCAAGCUGCUGACUGACAAGUGGCACGAGAUCCUGGUCCUGACGACUGCUGCCUACCAGGCGAUGCACGGCAAGAAAAGCAUUAAUCCGGUGCAAACGCAACCUAGCAAUGUUGUAUUGGCGCCGGACAAGAAUGAUCCAGAAUUUACGGAAGAGAUAACUUCCCACCUGCAUACGUUGCAAUCAUGCCUUACCACCCUCAUGGGACAUCCGAUUUCAAUCGAGCAGCUAAAGAUUGAUGUUGGCCAGAUGGUGGAGAAAAUGACGCAAAUUACGAUCAUGUUUCGUAGGAUAAAGCUAAAAAUGGAGGAGUAUGUUUGUCUGAAAGUAUACAUUCUACUUAACAAAGAGGUGGAGCUAGAAAGCAUUCAAGAACGCUACAUCCAAGUACUUAGAAGCUAUCUACAGCACACCAUGCCACAUAAUCCCAAUCGACUGGGCGAUCUGCUGGCCCAUAUCCCAGAGAUACAAACUGCAGCUAGCUUGCUCCUGGAGAGCAAAAUGUUUUACGUGCCCUUCGUCCUCAACUCGGCCAACAUCAGGUAGCAGAUGAUCGAGCGUGGGAUGAUGCGACCAGCAAUCGCAGCUCUGAGACAACCGUCAUCCCAGCCGAAUGCCGAAUGCAGUUUAGGCACGAACGUGCAACUGGCAGUUUCCGAGCUGGCCGAUCGGAGUGCAGUUGGUGGUGAAACAUUUGAUAGUCAGAAAAAUUCCACCUGCAGCCCCCCAAAUUGGUCGACCCAACAACAACGGGGUGGUUCAACAAACCGCUCGCAAACUCAUACCGCUGUUGACGGCAAUGGCAAUCCCGCACCGACGCAAAUCGGCGCUGGCGCUAGCGGCUUCACGCCGGCGAAGGUAAAUAUAAGUGAGCCCCUGCAACAUCUUGAUACUCUCGGUUUGGUUUCCACAACAAACUCGCGCGUACGAGCAUCGGAAUCAUCCAUGCUUGUGCCCAGUGUGUCGGCGGUCGGUAACAGUAGUACUCGUAGUAACGACGGAACAAGCAGCAACAGUAGCACCGAUAGCAACAACGGCGCGAAGGGCACACCCACUGCCAAUAUAAAUAACAGUAAUUGUAAUAGAAAUAAUCAUAAUAGUAAUAGUGGCAUUGUGGUCGAUAGCAACAAUACCAAUGCCGUAACAAUAUUUGUUAUUAAAACAGUGUUACCUGAUGAAUAAUCUUCGAGGAUAUUCGAGGCCAUAGUAAUGCGAAGAAGGCAGCCACUGAUUGGCAGCCGUCUGCCGAAACCCUUACUGCUCUAUCGGUGGUGAUUAUCUGCCAUCUCUGGUAUAGAGUACAAGGUACGAGGCUCGGAUCGGAUCUGUACUCAGACUAACCGUUCCAAUAGGGAAGAGGUGCGGGUGGAGGUUGGUAUUCUGACCAACCACAUGUGGAUACUUGCAUCCAAAUGCGUUAAUGAUUCUUCUUUCUCUGCCCGUAAUUUUCCGUCCUAUGCGAGCUAGAUCUCGUUGUGCCGCUCGCAACGAUUCAGUGAUAGUUCCCUGAGAAGAUGUCAAAUGACUGAAAAAGCCUAUGCAUCCAGCUUUAGUCAAAGAAAAACAAGGAAAAGAAAAAAACUAUUGUUUCGAACGUAUGCCUUUUGUUAUCUAUUGAAAGGCACAAUGAGUGUGUGUGUGUGUGUGUGUGUGUGUGUGUGUAUGUGUGUGUGUGUCUGUGUGUGUGAUGCAUUUAUUUGAGUGGACAAUGCAAUGGAGAGAAAUGGAUCGAGACUGUGUUUUAGUUGUGUGUUCAUUUUUUUUUCUUUUUUUGUAACCUGUUUUAGUUUUCUCUGCAUCGAUGAAUGCUAUCAGUUGCCUUGUCGCAGGGUUUCAUGUAAGAAUGGAGCAUAGGGGAUGAAAGCGAUUUUCAGUUCUACCAAAAGGUUAGAGCAUAAACAUUUGCAUUCUUUGAAUAGCAUAAAAGCUCAAUGGAUCGAACAUAUAUUUGGCAGAUCCACGUGGAUGAUGGUCCAUUGGAAUGGCAUAUUGAGGAAAAUUGAUGUAGCAUUUGUUGGUGAAUGUUGCAAAACGAAGCAGGCCCUGGAUUAUAUGAACAGAGGAACAGCAGGAUUACAAAAGGCGAUUGGACGAAGCUGAUACAAUAUAGCAGACGUUUGAAUAUAAUUGUAUAGAAA